AUGAACCACCCCCAGCCAUCCGCAAAGCUGAAAUCCCCCACGGACUUCCUCAACAACGUCAUUGGCCAGCCCGUCAUCGUCAAGCUUAACUCCGGCGUCAAUUACCGUGGCCGGUUGGCAUGUCUUGACGGAUACAUGAACAUAGCGUUGGAGGAUACCGAGGAGUAUGUGAACGGGCAGCUGAAGAACAGAUACGGGGAUUGUUUCAUCCGGGGGAAUAACGUGCAAUAUAUCAGCGCCGCGAACUAG